AUGGCUGUACUCUAUUUGAUUCUGGCGUUGUUCAUACAGAAUACAUUAACGCAUACACAAAAUGACGUGGAGGAGAAUCAAAUAGAAUCCCGGGAAAUACUUAAAACAAAACCGGACAACGACGCGCCUAUACAGAACGACUUCAAAGCUCCUAACGAUUGGAUGGAUAUAUUCCUUGGAAACCAUUUCAGCCCAACUUCAUCAGCAUCCCUUAUGGCCCAAGCGACGUUCAAUGACAAAUCUCCUGAAGAACAAUUAGAAGCUAUCAAGGAAAUGGCAAACCAGAUAACUAUGGUCCUGCAGAGUGAAAUGGCUAAUCUCCUAUCAUACGCUAUCAACUACAACGAUAAGGAGGCGGAUAACCAAUUGAGGAAGAAGAGAUCAGUUGAGACACCAAUGGAUAGUACACACCUGGUGAUGAGACUCCUCAAACAUAUUAAAUCAAAUAACGAAUAUCAGAACGUAGCCAUCGAAAAAAUGAUGACCGCCCAGGAAAUAGCUGACAAAUACGGAAUAAACUUCAGCCCGGACACUGAAGUAUUAUCAGAUCUCGCCGUAGCGGCCAACGAACAGGCUAGAGAGAUGACGGACAUACUACAAAACGCAUUGGAUUUGAAGAAUGUGACCAAAACUAAUUCAACACCAAAAAUAUCAUGUUCAACAAAUGACACGCAAAUUGAAACUAAUAGUGGGCGAGUUCCACCAAAUAUAAGCGAAUCCUCUGAACCAGAAGUCUGUUACUACAAACCGGAUUACGCUAAAGAGUCUCCUAAUUAUAACUACUAUUAUACUCCGAUAGAAACCCAAAUACCAGCCCCGAAACAUUCACACGCCUCACCAGUAAGCCAACGACCCACUUUCUAUAAUUACAUCCCGUACCCCACCGACGAAUACCUGCCCUACUGUUCAUUGGAACCGAUGACAGUUGUACUGCUAGACGAACCAACACAGCCUGAACCCGAGAUGAUAGGAGAAGAAUACGAGGAGACGGUCUCAUCCAAAGUGGUCAUCGAUGAGGACCAGCCAGGCAUAUCCACAGUGAACCACGUCAUGACGUACACGCUGUCCGAAAAAGCACAUUUCAAAACACCCAAAAUCGAUGAACUGCCGCAGCAGAUGCAGUAUUACUUCCUAUUAAUGUAA